AUAAUUUGACACUUCAUUGUCAUAAGUUUGACAAAGAAAGUGAUAAAUAAUUAGAAUUUGUUCUUAUAAUCAAAUAGCUUUGAUAAAGUUAAGUUUAAUCAUUGUUAAACAUUUAUUUUCGAUUUACUUUCAUUAGUCUUCACCUGGUGACUCAUCUGCGUUUUACACAAAUGAAUAAAUAUGUCGCUGCUAGAGGUAGACUCUUGGGCGAGGGAAUGCGAAGCAUGCUUUGCUCUCAAUGAAACAAUACUUUCAAAAAUAAUGCAGCGAGAAAAACGCCAAAAGAAUUCCAGUGAAUACAGUCGUCUCACAUCUGCAAUACAGGGAGAGCUCAAGCAAUUCGAGGGGGAAGUUAAGGAACUUAAACAGAAGCUUGAGCUAUUAGAAGAUGCGCAGUCAAUAGAUUCUGAGGAGAUUGUUCGCAGAAAGCAACAAGUGAACGUACUUCAAACGCAGCUGGCUCAGGUGCAUCGUAAAUUAUCUCAAGACCCGCGUUGGGAGCGUGCAGAACUGUUAGCACAAUCGCCACCUGAUUUUCCAAAUAAAGCAUUGAGUACAACCGAAAAUGCAUUCCAAUCGGAAAAUUUAAGCGAUGUCAAUAUUUUGAAACAACGUCAAAUCGAUAUAUUAGAACGUCAAAAUCGUGGCUUAGAAAUUCUAUCUCAGACAAUAUCACGACAAAGAAGUCUUGCUUCCCAAUUAGGGCAAGAAGUAGAGAGCCAAAAUGAUAUACUUGAUAAUUUGGCGGAUACUAUGGAAAGAGUUGAUGCGCAUGUACAUAUUGCGACAGGCAAUAUCAGCGAAGUAAAUCGAAAAGACAGUACAUGGGGUUACUGGCUAAUAAUAAUUAUUCUGUUCAUUGCCAUUAUUGUAGUAGCACUACUUUAAUGUGACCCAAUCUGUCCAAUCGAAAAAUGUGUAAUCAAAUGAUAAGUUGUUACUAGUGCUCAUAUUGUUUGUAUAACCUAAUAACGUAUGGGCCAUGCGCCAGCAGAAAGUGUGUUAAUUAAAUUUUGUAAAUAGCUUUGAUGAAACAAAAAAUUUAGGAUUAUUUUUACUGCGCCAUGUGUAAAUGCGUUAUAUAUUAUGUGAAAUAAAGAUGUCACAUCGACUGCGAAGCGGUGUCAACUAAA